AUGGCGAGCUCAUCUAGAUCUAUUCCCGAGACUCCUCGAGUCACAUCACCCUCGCCCUCAUUGUCUGAAAGCUCCGAGGCACGUGAUGGGUAUCUUGCGCCGACGACGAGGUCAGCAUCUCGCCGACAGCGCAUGUCGGGGCUCGCCGAAGCCAGUCCUGCUGCUGAACGAUCGCGGAGUCCCCGCGCCUCGACCUCCUCGCCUUCCUCGCCUACAUCGCGCAGCCGUCGGCCACCACGUCGAUCCAAUCCAAACAUUCCUGCCUCCCCUCCGGCCACUGACGGCAGCCCUGCCUCCAAUGGCUUCCUCUCUCCAAAAUUGCCGAAUGCUUUGCGCGACAUCUCUCGCUCUCCUUCACCACUAGGCUUGAUUCCUCUCCACACCCGGUAUCGCAGUUUCAUUCAUCGUCAUGAGAUUCCUCGGAAACUUUUGCACGUCUCGAUCGGGUUCGUGACCCUCCAUCUGUAUCGGAGUGGCGUCCAGACAUCACAGAUCACGCCAGUGCUCUUCACCGCGUUAGUACCAAUUGCCGCCACGGACUUUUUGCGCCAUCGUUCAGAAAAAAUCAACCAGCUUUACAUCCGGUGCGUCGGUGCGCUGAUGCGCGAGACGGAAGUCUCGGGGUACAACGGUGUGAUCUGGUACCUCCUUGGCGCAUAUGUGGUCUUGCGGUUCUUCCCCAAGGACGUCGGCGUGAUGGGGGUUCUUCUUCUCAGCUGGUGCGACACUGCAGCCUCGACGUUUGGGCGUCUCUGGGGACGCCACACACCGCAAUUGCGUCGAGGGAAGAGUCUGGCGGGGACACUUGCCGCUUGGUUGGUUGGUGUUGUCACCGCGGCCAGUUUCUGGGGCUGGUUUGUUCCCUCCGUGGGCAGCUUCCCCAACGACCCCCCAGACGCGUUCAUGUUCACGGGACGCUUGAACUUACUCCCCGAUUGUGUUCGCGGCCUUCUCGGAUGGGAGACGGGGUCUGCUUCCACUACUAUUACCGGCACCCUUGCCCUGGGCGUCAUGAGCGCCGUGUCCGGCGUGGUGGCUGCUGGGAGCGAGCUGAUCGACCUCUGGGGCUGGGACGAUAACCUCACAAUCCCCGUCCUCAGCGGAGUCGGUCUCUGGGGCUUCUUGAAGGUUUUCGGUUAA